AUGGAUAGCGAACUAUCAUCAGUAGAAGAAUUUGAGGACUCUGUUCUGGUCGAAAGUUCAGACAGUGGGCAAGUAGAUGCUUCAGCGGAGGCUGAGCCUGAAGCAUACGACGAGUUUGAAGAUGAAUACGACCAAGAUUUAGAUGCGUUUCCUGAAGAGCCUGAGGAUGAUUAUUAUGAUGAUGAAGAAGACGAAUACACCCCAGAAAACAAGAAGCCUGUAGCUAAGGCGACGAAAUCUAAGAAGCAACAUAAACAGACAACACAAAAGGAAAAGGACUCUAAAAUAACUACUGGCAGUCGCCAAUCAUCACGUGUGAGAAAACAUGUCGAUUAUGACCAGACUAUAGACGAUGAAGAGUUUCUCUUCGAAGAAGAGGAGCGUCCAGAGCCCCCAAAGAAGAAAAAGUCUAAGAUUGAACUAGUAGAGAUGGAAAAUACGGAUUCUGAGGACGAACUUGCAGUUCAAAAUGAUAGCGAAGCUGAAGAUGGAAAUUCUUCUGAUAUGAAGUCAAACGUAGAUUCGGUCACUGGUGAUCAACAAACAGAAGAAAACCAACAAAGGCGAUCGAAGAUGUUAGAGAAUCUUAUUGGGUUGCAAGCAAAGAAACACGGUAACCGUAAGGAGUUUACUGACGAAGAGGUACAGCUUCGGAAGGCAGAAACUGCCCGUAAAAGAAAAAACUUCAUUGAAAAAAGACUUGAAGAAGAGAAACAGGAUGUACUAAAUAAACUAUUGAAGAGAAGAGCUGCAAAGACUAAGUCUAGUAACAAGCCCGCCGCAGCGGGCAGCGAUAAAAACGCUUCAGCACAAUACGAACAAGAACUUGACACGGAAACAGGAUUUGUUAAACAAAGAAGACCUUAUAUAGCAACAGGCAUGACAAGAACUAUCAUCAACAAAUCUGAGGUAUCUUAUUCCUUACCAUAG